GAUCCAACGGCGACGAUGGUCGCGUCAAUCGAAAGCCAAAGUAGCGGUUUUCAUUAUUAUAUAAGUCCAAGCUCGGCUGCUUUCUCUUGUGAAGUGUUCUAUUUCAAAUUGCGCGGAGGCAAAAACACCCCAAGCUUCUCUUAUCAUUUACCGUAUUCUCAGCGACGGCAAGAGAGAAUCACAGAGAGAACCAUUAAAAUGGCGCUCCCUAACCAGCAAACUGUGGAUUACCCUAGCUUCAAGCUCGUGAUCGUCGGUGAUGGCGGUACAGGGAAAACCACUUUUGUUAAACGUCAUCUCACUGGAGAGUUUGAGAAGAAGUAUGAGCCGACUAUUGGUGUUGAAGUUCAUCCCUUGGACUUCCAUACCAACUGUGGAAAAAUUAGGUUCUAUUGUUGGGACACUGCGGGUCAGGAGAAAUUUGGUGGACUCAGAGACGGCUAUUACAUCCAUGGGCAGUGCGCCAUUAUUAUGUUUGAUGUCACUGCACGUUUGACGUACAAGAAUGUCCCUACAUGGCACAGGGAUCUCUGCAGGGUGUGUGAGAAUAUUCCUAUUGUUCUUUGUGGAAACAAGGUUGAUGUCAAGAACAGGCAGGUGAAGGCAAAGCAGGUCACAUUCCACCGUAAGAAGAAUCUCCAGUACUACGAGAUCUCUGCAAAGAGCAACUACAACUUUGAGAAACCUUUCCUGUAUCUUGCUAGAAAACUUGCUGGCGAUCCUAACCUCCACUUUGUUGAGUCACCUGCACUUGCUCCUCCUGAAGUUCAUAUUGAUAUGGCCACACAAGAACAGCAUGAAGCUGAACUGGCAGCAGCAGCAGCGCAGCCUCUACCUGAUGAUGAUGAUGCAUUCGAGUAAUGGGUGUUCUUUUCCAUUUUGUUCAGAUGAAUAGUAUUGGGCUCUUCAUUUGCCUAGUUAGUGGAGGGCGUCUGUUAUGGGAAUGCAGGUUGGAAUUAUUAAAAAAAAAAAAAACCCCUCCCCCUUCCGGGGAGGGGUUUGGGUGAAUUUGUACUAGUUUUAGGCCAGCAGUUGUAAUCUUGUUCCGAGUUGGAGCGUUUGUUUCUGAAUUGACUUGGAACCUUUGUUCCGGAGAUUCUUUCCCAUUUAAUUAGAAUAGAAUGUUGUCAAAAGUAA